AGUAUUAAUACUAUCCUGCAAUUCUUUCUUUAGAGCUCAAUUCGCAUAGAUCUCAGCAGAAAUGGCGAGCAACCCAGAGCCUCACAACUUCCAGAAGUACGGCGUCCCUUUCUACUCCGUAGCUUGGGUUCCCUACAACUCAAUUCGAUUUGACCCUAAACCAAAACCUCAAGAUGACCAAGAUCAGCCUAAGCCCGCCGACGAGCCCACUGCUGAUCGUAAGUACAUCGUAUUGGCCGGUGGCGGUGGCGAAGGCAACAGUGGCAUCCCAAACGCCGUUGUUCUCUCUGAAUUUGAUGUCGCAUCCAAUUCUCUCUCUGAUGAGCCCGUUGUAAAGCAUAGAACUGGCUCUGAUUUGCCAUACAGGAUGGCAGUUCACCCUGGUGGUGAGGGCCUCAUUUGUUCAUUUCCCAAAAGCUGCAGAUGGUUUGAAUGGGACGGAGAAAAUAGCAUCGAAGGUCAUCAGAUUGGUGUCAAGCAAUCUGAUAGAGUGCUCACCUCAUUGGAAGACGUUGAACAACAGUUAUCAUUGGCAUUUAACAACGAGGGUUCAAUACUAGCAUCUGGUGGUGAGAAUGGAAAUUUAAAGGUUUUCAAGUGGCCUAGCAUGGAAAUUGUUCUUGAUGAAGCUAAAGCUCAUAGUAGUGUGAAGGACUUAAAUUUCAGCCCCGAUGGGAAACUACUUGCAUCUUUGGGAAGUGUUGGCUGUAGGGUAUGGGAUGUAAUUUCAUCAAAGCCUGUCGCUUCGCUAACAAAGGGAAAUGACGAAAUAUUUUGCGCAUGUAGAUUUUCUCAAACCAAUGACAAGAAUUUGGUUCUAUAUACGGCCGCAGUUACAGAUAAAGGUGGAAGCAUUGUAACAUGGAAUACGACCACAUGGAAGAGGAUUGGCUCAAAGUCUAUUGUCCGUGACCCAAUAUCUGCCUUUGAUGUCUCUGCUGAUGGAAAGUUCCUUGCAUGUGGAACAACACAAGGGGAUAUUUUUGUUGUGAACUCGUCAAGUAUGCGGAUUCAACAAGUGAUUAAGAAGGCACAUCUUGGCUUUGUAACCACGUUGAGAUUCUCUCAUGAUUCAAGAGCUUUGGCAUCUGCCUCUUUGGAUUCAAGCACAAGAGUAACAAUGAUAGAGGAGAAGAAGGAUGGAGGAUUUAGCUUGUGGCUCGUUAUAUUGAUUAUUCUAAUAGCCAUUGCUGCAUAUUUCUUGAAGAACCCUCAGAGAUACAAGGAGUUUACUACUAUGAUAAAAUUGUAAAAUGCCAGCUCUUAUCGUUGGAAAGUAAUAUAGUUGCAUUUACCUUUUUGUGUUUUAUAAAAGAAUAAUGAGGAAAACCUUCUGAGUCUGACCUUCAACGAGUGAUGCCUUUUCUUGUAUAGCAAUUGAGAUGCUGCCUCUUUUCAAAUGGUUCCUAGCUCAAAUAACAAAUGUUGGGAAUGGGAGAAUAGUGGAUUGUUUUGCGGAAUUUGAAAGCAUAGUUAUCUCAAAAGACAAAUUUAUACUU